UGACAGCCUUUCAUUUUUAGAGAGAGAAUCAGAAAAGAGAAGAGAUAAGGAAAAAGAGAGAAGAAAGAAAGAGCUGCAGUUUUUCGUUUUUGAAGCAGGGCAGCCUGUUCAAGUGAACGUUCUGGAAUAUUGAACCGUUGGAUCGUCCUGAAAUUUGGACAGUGGGUUCGCAAUUAUCUGAUCUUCAAUCUGACCGGAGGGAUCGUCGGUUGGAGCUCUAUUUCGUCGGUAAUAGCUGCUGGACAGAAGGUGUACGAAUCUGUCUUUUGGUAUCUCUAAACCUCUCUUUGUCUUGCUCUUGUUCUUGUUAUCCACCAUGUUUGUGAGAGCUAUUGUGGUUGAUUGUUGAUCCAAGAAGGGUGUUCUUGAGGUGUUUGUAAUCCUCUAGCUAGUCUAGAGAGGACUUGUAAUCCCACCAAAGUCUAGUGGAGUUGUGGCUUGGACAAAGGUCCCGUGGUUUUUCCCGAUUUGGGUUUUCCACGUAAAAAUCGUGUGUCUUGUGCAUUCUAUUCUUGCUUGUGGUUGCUGCCCGGUUUCUCAACAAAAAAGAAGGAAGGAAAGGAUUUUGAUAGAGCAUUCAUAUGAAAGGAAAGAAUAUUGACGCCAUUGGGGUUUUUUUUUAUCGUAUAUAUAAGUGGGUGAUCUUAAACUUUGUUCAUCAAAACCUUCUUAUUAUCGUUGGAGGCACAGGAAGUUGGGAGAAAACAGCCUUCAAGGAAACAUGGAGAAGACGGUGAAUAAAUUCGUUCUUUUCUUUGCUCUCCUGUUUUUCACCGCAGGUAUGGAGCUGAGAGUUGCAGAAGGAAGGGGACCUAUCGUUUCGUUCAAAUGCAAUGAGGCUGUAGAAUGUUCGGAGUGGUGCAGGGCUGCUGAGUGCCAUGUUUGCACUUGUUUAAAUCACAAGUGUAUCUGCCGUGCUGCUGAUGCACUUCACCAUAUCAUUAAUCCUCCGUCUCCAACACACUGAUACCUUGUGAUCGGUGCCUUUCAGUCUUAAUUGUGUUUGUGCUCUUUUGAAGUAUAAAGCUUUUGCUUAUCUACACUUACUUUUAUAGUUGCGGCAGAAGAAGGAUCCAAGUGGUGGGAUAUCGUGCUUGUUUUAAUUUGUUUAUAUUACUUUUUCG